AUGGCAGCAGGUGUUCCAGUACUGAACCUAAACCCAAUUUGUGACAAAAUCUCAGCCACAAAUUGCUAUCAAAUCCCAUCUUGGGUUUCUCUAAAACCCAGUAUUGCCCCACUCCAACAUCAAUAUAGCCCCGCCCAAAUUCAACUGGCUAAUGCAGGAAAGCUCGAAAACAUUCACUUGAUUUCGCUCUCAAAACAGGGUAAGCUCAAUGAAGCCCACCAGUUCCUCAAUGAAAUGGACUCUGCUGGUGUUUCAGUCGCACCCAAAACCUACCAACAUUUGCUUCAAACGUGUGCAAAGUUAAAAGCUUUGCGCGAUGGGAAACUUUUUCAUAACAGGAUAUGGAGCAAUUUCGAUAAUCCACCGGCGUUUCUUCAGAGUUCUGUUAUGGGAAUGUAUUUCGAGUGCGGGAGCAUUUGGGAUGCUCAGAAAUUGUUUGACGAAUUGCCAGAAAAAAGUCCAGGAAGCUGGGAGACCGUCAUAUCUGCUUAUGCUGAUAAGGGUUGGAUAGGGAAAGCACUAGAAAUGUUUUGGAGAAUGAUGGGCGCAGGAAUCAAUGCUGGACCUUCAAUUUACAAAUGCUUUUUCAGAGCUUUGUCAGAUUUAGAGCUUGGGAAGCAGAUACACUGUCUUGUGGUAAAGUCAGGCUUUGAUAAAAAUGUGUCCAUGAACACUGCUUUCUGCAAUAUGUACGUAAAAUGUGGGUGUUUAGAGAGUGCACAAUGGGCUUUCGAUAAGAUGGUUGAAAAGAAUGUGGUGACGUGGACUGGAUUGAUGGUGGGAUUUACUCAGGCUGAGAGGCAACAUGAUGCCCUGAGACUUUUUGAUAUGAUGCUGAGGGAAGGCGUUGAGUUGGAUGAGUUUGUGUUCUCAAUCAUCUCAAGGCGUGUGCUGGAUUGGUGGAUGUUGGCACGGGGCAGCAAGUCCAUGGUUUGGUUGUGA